AUUUGCAGAGUGCGGAUGAGGAGAAGGGGGUGGGGAGGCGAUCGCAGAGAGAAGAAGGAUUUAUGAAACGAUAGGUGGUCGAGCUUUGUUUGGCUGCUCUGCUGCGCGCAAUAAGUCCAGGGGUUUCCGUGUUUCCUCCACUUGAGGGAUUAAUAGCGCGGUCGGCGGCCACCCGGCGCCCACGCAGCCCCACUCAGCGCCUCUGUGACACCCACCGAAGCCCCCGCGGCGAGCCCAGGGUCCGGACGGCCAGUCUCCAGUGGGUCGCCAGCUCCCCCCGCUCUUCUUCCUCUUCCUCCCUAUGUCAGUGCGUGCCCGCCGCGCGCUCUUCAUGCGUCAGGGGAGCACCGUGCGUAACGGGAGACUGAUUUCUCUCCAUUUUGCGCUGGGAUUCCGAGGACCACUGGCGGCGUAGCGCUCACUUGCAGGGACGCAAACCGCUGGAUCGCCACGUUUUCUCCGCUCAAGCAUCUCUUGGCUCGUCGUUUCUCCCUCCCUCUCUCUCUCUCUUUACGCCAGUCGUGCGUCAGAGCUGACAUGACAACCGAGACCCCUCAGCAGCAGCUGGACCCUCCGCCUCCUAUGAGAUCCAGCCCGGCGUCCAGCGUCCUGCACCCCGCCAUGCUGAGCCCACAAGCCGCCACAGAAAACUCGUCCAGCGCCGUCAAAGUAAAGAAGACGAGCUCCGGUUUACGGCGUCCAGAGAAGCCGCCGUACUCCUACAUCGCGCUCAUCGUCAUGGCGAUCCAGAGCUCCCCCACCAAACGGCUGACACUCAGUGAGAUCUACCAGUUCCUCCAGGCUCGCUUCCCGUUCUUCAGGGGCUCGUACCAGGGCUGGAAGAACUCCGUGCGGCACAAUCUGUCGCUCAACGAGUGCUUCAUCAAGCUGCCGAAGGGCCUGGGCCGACCCGGUAAGGGCCACUACUGGACCAUCGACCCGGGCAGCGAGUUCAUGUUCGAGGAGGGCUCUUUUCGUCGCAGACCGAGAGGCUUCCGGAGAAAGUGUCAAGCCCUGAAGCCCAUGUACCGGAUGAUGAACGGCAUCGGCUUCGGCACCUCCAUCCUCCCGCAGAGCUUUGACUUCCAGGCUCCGUCCGCCUCGCUGGCCUGUCACAGCAACAGCUACAACUUGGACAUGAUGAGCAACUCCAUGGCCGGCGGAUACGACGGCUUGGGCGGCGGCCACCACGUCCCGCACAUGUCCCCCAGCCCCGGGUCCACGUACAUGGCGAGCUGCCCCGUGCCGCCGACCGGGGACUACGCGGCGGACAGCAGCAGCCCCGUCCCGUCGUCCCCGGCCGUGGGCAGCGCGCUGGACGCACACUCCCCGUACGCCGCCGCCGCCGCGUCCGCGCACUGGGCGUCCUCCGGCGGCUCUGCCUACAUCAAGCAGCAGCCUCUGGCCUCGAGCAGCCCCGCAUCCUCCGGCCUUCACUCCGGCAUGUCGCCCUACUCCCUGGAGCAGAGCUACCUCCACCAGAACGGCAGGGACGACAUAUCAGCCACGGUCACAGCCGCUCCUUCUCAGGACGUCUGGUCUAAUUGACAGCGUUCUCCCCGGUUCUCGCUCAUUUACUUUAACAUAACAGACCGAAGCUUUGCUAAAGUCUGGGGAUUUCUGGAGGCGAGCGAGUCGUGCUGGAACCCGAAGAGGUCCCGGAGGUUAAGCAAACAGGCAGCGCAGGUCCGACCACCCAGUGCCGUGGACGUGGGUCGCGGCCUCAGACUUUACGCGGCGUCUGAAUUGAGGCUGGACGUGUUGGAGCGUUUGGAGCCCAUCGGAACCGUGUUGCUGUGAGGGAACCGGGCCCAGGCAGCGGGCUGCGGCCCGGAGGAUGCAGCUGCUGCCUUCCGCUGGAAAACACUCACAUCUGGAGUCCUUAUGACCUCGGGCCGCAGCCUGAUUCUGAUUCUGGACGGAGAGGCUCACUUACAGACGCACAACGACGUCUAAAGCGCAUUUACAUAUUCUCACACGCUCGGGGAUAACGUUACACGUUUAGGUUGUUGGUGUUGGCUUGAAAUGUGGAAAAAUGGAAACGUUCAUUUAAUAGUAUAGCAACGAAACGUGCGACGUUUUAGAGCAGUCACCGUCAAAACCAUAUAUAAAUAUAUAUAAAUAUCAUAAAAUAUAUUUCUAUGGUGUUUUUGUAAGCACAUAACUAGUGGGGAAGUUUAUACUUAAACGUGUUACAAUAGGUUUACCGGAAUAAGGCCUUAAUGGUUUUAUUUCUUUGACUUCUACUAAUUCAUAUCUAAAAUGAAAGCAGUAGAAUCAGAGGAUUGAGGCCUCGUUAAACGUUUUAUUAUAGCGAUCCACACAGACCGCCUCCGUUUUAAACCACGUCCGAAUAUAAAAUGCUGGCGUCUUUAUGAACUACCGUAGCGUGUUCACCUUCUGCAUCCUGUUCUCUCUCACCUGCGCAGUGGGGAUCCCGCGCUACCAGAGCCACUCGUCGGUGUGCGACAGGAAGGACUUUGUGUUGAACUUUAACGGCAUCUCCUCCUUCCACCCCUCGGCUGGCGGAUCCUACUACCACCACCACCACCAC